AUGGCUCCUCCACUGACUGAACAAGACGAUCAGGAUCCACCACAGCCAGUGACCCUGACAACUUCAGCUGCACACAUACCAGUGCCCUUGUCGCUGCCUGCAUCUCCUGGCUCCAGACGAUCAAGAUCACAACCACCAUCUCCGAGUGAGAGCACCCUCAGUCCAGCCGCCGAAGCAGAUGAACCUCAUCGAGCAACUCGACUGGAGCACGACCUUGAACAGAAUGUAGAGUUGACUGAAGUUGACCCUGUGAAUGAGUAUGUGCACAUGGCCAUCACCAAAGACACAGUCUCCUACUUCUUGGAGGCCUAUGAAUAUAACAUCCUUCCGGAAGAGCAUGAAGCCCUUGUGAAUGACACCUCUGAAUGUCUUGCUUUGGGCAUUUGUGCUUUUGUUGCAGAGGAACCUGAUUUCCUCACUGUGACGGUGAUCACUAUCCUCAGCCUGUUGGCUGGCACGUUGUUUCUUUUGGGCCGAUGGAGCCGAUGGAAUUGGGCACCUGAUCAGAAGGUGCAUUGUGCGGAUGCCACCACCCAGACUGAGGACACCACUGUCUCCAGUCGCCUCCGUGCUGAGAUUGAAGAAUGGAAGCUUCGCACUUUGGAAGCUGAAAGUGCGUCCAUGGAAAGCGGAAAAGCCUUGAAGCUCGCCAUUGCCAACAUGGAGUAUGUUGGAGAGCUCACCUACCGCGCUGGCAACAUCAUGCGCCGGUGCCUGAGAGAGAUGGACGCCCACAGGAUGGAGUGCCCCUUGCACAUUGGCAUCUUCAUCGCCAAGCAUGGCAGAAAGCUGCAUGUUAGCCAAGCCUGUUCGUCCCUCAGGACGGCCAUUUGCACCUGGCUUGAAGCCGGAGAGCUGCACAAGGAAGGCGGGUGGGUAACGCCCUUUGGAAAAGGGGCUGCGCCGUGCGGCGCCUUCGCGCGUCGUGUUUCGUUUGCUGCUGGUCGACUUCGAGCGCUGAUUUUGGAUCUGGCGAUGUGCGCCAGACGCGGGAUCCAAUUGUCCGGACGACUGGAGAAGAUCCAAGAGGUGGCCUUAGGCCGUGGAGCGGAGGCGACGACUGAACGGGACGACCGUCUGGCGACGGGACGUUUGGAGUGGUUGACGAAGGCAGCGGUUUGGUUGGAUCCGGGGGGAUCCACGCGCACCGCGGAGCGACUUCGCAUGGAGCGAAUUUGGACAAAGAUCGAGGAGGAGAAGAGGGCCAAGAAGUUGGAGAAACAGGCCAAAAAGCUUGAGAAGAAGGAAAAGAAGCGCUUGAAGGCUGAGGCGGAGCGUCAGAAACAGCUGGAGGAAGAAGCGAAGAUGAAGGCGCAGAUCGAAGCCAUGGAGCUGGAGAAGCAACGCGAGAAAGAGGCCAAGGAAGAGAAGAAACGGAAGGAACGCGAGAAACUGGCUGCUAUCAAGGCUGAGCUGGACCAGGCCGAGCAGAAGCGCCUGGCCGCUGAGGCAGACCGAGAGCAGCAGCGCGCCGAUGCCUGGGUCGCUCGCAUGAACGCAGAAGCCAAUGCCAAGGCAGAGGAGAAACGAAAGAAGGAGGAAGAGGAGGCUGCCAAGAAAAAGACUGCUGAAGAGGCGGCCCAAGAACGGAAAAAGCUCUUCCGGACCAAGUCCCAACUGUUGGCCGAAGCGGAAGAGGAGCGCCGCAAGGAACGCGCACGGAGACAGGAGGAGGAGUUCGGAUGCGCCAUCGCGGGUGGAUUCGAGAAGGGCGACUACGUGGUCGCACAGAACAACAUGUCAGUGAACGGCGAGAUCAUCGUGAAGAAGGGCACGCGCGGCAUCGUGAGGGGCCCCAGCGAGACGGACCCGCAGAACCGGGUCUCGGUGGCCUUUGACAAGCGGGAAAAGGCCGGCUAUGCUCAGAUCAACGUGGUGCACUUCGAGAUCAAGGUCACCGAUGCCCCGCUGCAGAAGGACCCCAACGUCUCAGAGUUGAUUGAGAAGAUCAUGACUCCUCGGGAUGUCCGAAGUAAGCAGGUGGUGAACGCCUUGGAGGAAGAUUAG